CCUGCUGCGUAGUUGUGCAAUUUAUCAAACACACAGUUAGCGAGAGAGAGAGAGAGAGAGAGAGGGAGGAGGAGGAGGGGAAGAACUUUAGGGAAACAACCACCCAGCAACCAAACACCAUUUUUAAGAACUGUCUUGAACUUGACACAGACUGAGCAGGAUUUUAAACAUGGCAAUUUGGACCGGAAGCAAACACCAAAAAAAAAAAAGAUAACGUGAGGUGAUAUUUAAUGAUCUAUCCGUUAUGUUUCUCAUGAUGUUUGUCUUGUCCAUGUUCACAAAACUCCUCAUCAGCUGCAAUUAUUUGUUGAACUACUGAGUCAUGAGCGUCCCUAUUGCACUUGCUGUUCUCGUGCUGUGUGCAGCCAAAGUUCACUCUGGUCAGGAGAGUCCGGCAUGUCCUCGGAAAGAAUCCUAUCCUGGUGUGUUGGCCUUGAACGUGGGGUCGGAGGUCAUUCUGGGCUGCAGGGGCGAUGUCACUGUGGAUAGAGUGCUAUUAGUACCAAGUACAAAACCCAAAGAGAGACUCGAGAGAAGAAAAGAUGUAACUAGCCAUUGGAAAUCCCAAAAAGCCAAAGACAGUCCUGGUACUACUGAAAUACACCCUCCAGAAACUGAGAACUUUGCCACCCCUGGAAAUUUCAAAAUUAAUAGUGCAACUGGCAUCUAUGCGAAAGUCAGUGAAUCCGUAACCACUGCUAACCCGGCUAUGAGCUCACCAAAGGAGCACAUGGGAAGUGGGCAAGUUUUUCAGGCUGUCAAUCAACCCGCUAACCUCAACAGUGUGGGCAGAGUUACAGAAGAACGAGGGGCUUUUAGUGUAACCAUGGAAAUGGGGUUGAGCAAUGAGAGGAGCACCAACAUAGAAUAUGAAGAUGAUGAGGACUAUGAGGAGAAUGUGGAGGGAUUGAGAGUGACCAGGUCCAUUAAGAGGCAGGCACGAUGGACUAGGAAUGGUCAGCGCAUACGAGACGGUGUGGAAAAUGGCGGGGCUUUGAGACUUCCUGCUCUUAGGUUGAAUGAUUCUGCGAACUACAGCUGCUAUAGAAGAGGCAAACUAGUUUCAUUGGUGAAAAUCAAUGUUGGCAUCCCUCCAGAGAGCCCAACCUUGUCAUGCUACAAGAAAUCCCAUGCCAGCAAAAUCCGGUGUGAGUGGAUAUCCAGACAGCCCAUUAUCCCACAACCUCAGUGUUACAUGCUCCUCAGGAAAGGAUUAGAGAAGAUCUCCCGUGUGAAUUGUUCAUACUCUGCUGCACGCUCCCGUUGCUGGUGUGUAUUACCCAGUGACGGUAUUGACAGAAAAUCCUAUACAGCUAAACUGUGUGUGACUAACACAGUGGGCAAUGCCACCAGCUCUCCAUACAACUACAUUCCAAAAAACAUCAUUAAACCAGAUCCUCCAGCUCGAGUUGUAGUGAAGCCAGUCAUGGGUGAGCCCCGCACACUAAAGGUCUCCUGGUCUUUACCUGCCACCUGGAAGCAGAGCAAUUACUACAGCCUUCACUUCCAACUGAGAUAUCGUCCUCUACGUGCCAAGGAGUAUCAGUUGGUGCGCAUGGAGGAUACAGAGCGCUUAUGGUUGAUUUCAGAUGCUUUGCCACACACUCAGUAUGAGCUUCAGAUUCGAGCAAAAGAUGAGUAUGAUGGGCAGUGGAGCGACUGGACCAGUCCUGUGCAUGCACACACAUGGACAGCUCCUGAAACCACUGUUGCUCCUGACAUUAAUACCAGUCUGGGGCCAGUUUGGACAGAUCCUGAAGGUUCUGGGGGGUCAGAUGAUGUGGAGUUUAGGCCUGCUGAUGGAGGUGUUGGUGUAACGUGGGUGAAUGUGCUCUGGGUGGUGGGAGUCUGUCUCCUUAUCACCAUUGUUAUUCUGUCUCUCUACUUUCUCAGACGCAGAAUGCCAUUCGAUUCUAAAAAGCGCAAGGAGAGUGUCUCUUCAGCCUCUUGUUCCUCUCCGUCACCUCUCCUUCAGCAGCCCCUGAUGAUUCAGAAAAUCAAUCAUCAGGAAGGGGAAAGGGAAGGCAUCCACUUACACAAUGUGGACUACUUUUUCCCUUCCUAUGAAUCUUAUAAGUCUUGAGCAAAGCAUCCACUUACUGUACACAAUGUGGACUACUUUUUCCCUUCCUAUGAAUCUUAUAAGUCUUGAGCAAAUAAGCUGUUACAGUGCUAAGGCCAGUAUUCUCUGAAAACACACACACACACGUGCAAUGCACACAUCCCCUAUUCCACACACAUUUGUCUUACUGUCCUUGGGUGUCUUGCUAAAUGCCCAUUGACAUAAUUAUUAAUGCAGGUAAUUGGUUACUGGUUAAAAUCCUACCAUUGUCUUAUGUAAAUAUGCAGCUUUUUUUUCCCUCUUUGUAAGCAUCCUUCUUUUCCAGCAUAACCCCUUUAAGGUUUUGUUCAUAAUCUGUACAUUUGGAUUUGAUCUGUUUAGCUUAAUAAAGAGUGCCUUAUUUUUGUGACAUAGCAGUAAA